GAAUUAGCCCACUGAUUCAAAAAGAGAAAAAUCGAUCGCACCUUCUGAAAUUUCCAAGCAUUCUGAAUAUCGAAUCGCUUUUCGGUGAAAGCACACUUUUUGUGUGGCUGUCGAUAAGAAAAUACUCGUACGCGCCGCGAGAGCCUCGGCAAAAUACUUGGAAGCUGUCGCAUUUCUGUCUUACAGAAUUCCUACAACUAAUACUAAUUCUGCGAGCGCCACCACACAUUGCUUUUGCAUUCGAAAAUGUCGGCAGAAAUUGCGAAGAAGAGAGGAAGACCAAAGAAGGCCAUCGUGGAAACUAUCGGCGCCGAAAUGCCUGAAAUUAUCAAGAAAACGACACGCGAAAAGUCCACCAAAGCAGCGGCAGCGACUCCACCGAAAGCCAAGAUUUCGAAGGCAGCGAAAGCGACAACUACGACUACUGCUGUACCCGAAUUGAAGAAAUCUGCGAAAGACCAAGUUGCAACUCAGACAACAAGCGCAGCAUCACGUAUUGCAUCGAAAGAAACCCCAAAAGUGGUGGCAAAAAACGCGAGCCCAAAGCCUCAAGUCAGCAAGCCAACUGUCAAAUCUCCAAAGAUCACAGUAGCAGCAGCCUCAAUCCUGACCAAGACAGAGAAGGCAAUCGCAGAAUCAAAAGCUGCUCUUGCCAUCAAGGCGACCGCAAAAACACCUACGACGCCUGUAUCUCAGAUGACACCAGCACCAUCACACAAUGCAUUCAAAACGACAGGGCAGACUUCGAAGUCUCCUUCUGCGCCAGGUUCUGCGAGCAUACCCAUGAGAACACCUGGGAGCUCACCAAUAUUGAGCAAAGUCCGUGAAUUGUCUCAGAAGAACACAACCCAGCCUCAACCAAGUACCACUGCGAACUCUACGGCUAAAUCAGUUCCAACAACUCCUACACUAGCGUCCAAACCACAAACCCUUCGCCCAAUGCCAACUGAGGCCUCGAAACUCACUACUCCAAAACCUACACCAACUCCCAAAGUACCAAUUGCGGAUAUAAAUAAAGAGAUAGUGUCGAACAUAACUGCAAGGGCUGGAGCAAGGCCGGGAGGAAGCAACAAUCUACCACCUAAUUACAAGUCAGCAGCUAGAAAGGUGACAAUGGCAAUUGUUGCCAUGCCAAUCGCAAUUGUGACAAGUUACGUUCUCUACCAAAGACGUUAGUGUUCCCCAAUCUCAGUCUUUCCCCUCACAAAAGUUGAACUUGAUAGCCUUGCUGACAUCUGAAAAAACUAGUGUAUUUGAAAGAGGAAAAGAAGUCUCUCCUUCCACCUCUUGAGUCAGCUCCAGUAUUUGUCCAAAAAGAAGAGGACAAAUUUGUGCUCUCGACGCCGCCCAAGAAGGAGCCAGAGCUCUCAUAAUUGAAAGAGCAUGAUAUCCAGAAGCACGGAUUCAUGCUGAUAUAAUAUGACGACAUGAAAGAAGUGUUAUGAUAAUGUAGACAGUACGGCAGAAACUCCACCAUAUUUGAUACCCAUAUUUAUUAUACUUUUUCUCCGAUUCUUUCUCGAUCUUUCUCACUUCGGC